CCCAAGCAGAAGCAAAGGAGUCGUUUUCUGUCACCUGAAAGCUGCCAGGAGGCUUGGAUGACCCUUCCUCGCUGGAGACUGCUCCGGGGACACUGGCUGGGUGCAGCUAGCCCCCAUGCGGGCCUUCUGCGAAGUAAGCACCCGCAGAUUUCAAGGACUCGUGAGAACGUGAGCCCGGGGCUGUCGGCGGGCCCCCUAGAUUCCCGAGGCCGGGCCAGGCGGGUCCAAGCUGUGCCGGCCGUUUAAAAAAAGAGACUUAGAGAUGAACUCGCCCGUGCGCUGCUGGCUGCCCCGCUAUAGGGGCGAAGGCCCCUGACGCAAGCGGAACUCGGCGGAGCCCAUACGAAUCAGAACGGAGCAAGGCUCCUGGCGCACUAGGGACUCCAGGAGGCAGCUGCGCCAGAGACGCGGGUCGCGCCUCGGGAAACCGGGCGGUGGGGGGAGGGGAAAGCUCAACCAAGAAAACCCACCGAGGCGGGGACUGGCCUGGGCGGGGAGGGGCGGCGGGGCCGGAGCCCCUCGCUGUUGGGCAGACUCCCGAUGGCCAGAGGCUGACUUCCACUCCCGCCGACCGCUCCCCGGGGGGAAAGAGAAGAGAGCGAGAGCGGCGCGAGGCCUCCGGCCCCCGCAGCCUGCAGAAGUUGGAGGCUCGGCCGCAAGCGCACGCUCCUGCGUCCGCCUGCAAGGCGAGCCUGUGCCCGGAGAGCACAGCCCCGGGGCGGCCGGGCCAAGGAGCUCCGGGCUUUUUUUUUUUUUUGUCAUGAUGGCCAGCUACCCCGAGCCGGAGGACUCCGCGGGGGCCCUGCUGACCCCGGAGAGCGGGCGGGCAGUCAAAGAGCCCGAGGCGCCUCCGGCGAGUCCCGGCAAGGGCGGCGGGACAGCACCCGAGAAGCCGGACCCCGCGCAGAAGCCCCCAUACUCGUACGUGGCGCUCAUCGCCAUGGCGAUCCGCGAGAGCGCCGAGAAGAGGCUCACCCUGUCGGGCAUCUACCAGUACAUCAUCGCCAAGUUCCCGUUCUACGAGAAGAACAAGAAGGGUUGGCAGAAUAGCAUCCGCCACAACCUCAGCCUCAACGAGUGCUUCAUCAAGGUGCCGCGCGAGGGCGGCGGCGAGCGCAAGGGCAACUACUGGACGCUCGACCCGGCCUGCGAGGACAUGUUCGAGAAGGGCAACUACCGGCGCCGCCGCCGCAUGAAGCGGCCCUUCCGGCCGCCGCCCGCUCACUUCCAGCCGGGCAAGGGGCUCUUCGGGUCCGGAGGAGCGGCGGGUGGCUGCGGCGUGGCGGGCGCGGGGGCCGACGGCUACGGCUACCUGGCGCCGCCCAAGUACCUGCAGUCGGGUUUCCUCAACAACUCCUGGCCCCUGCCGCAGCCGCCCUCGCCCAUGCCCUACGCCUCCUGCCAGAUGGCGGCGGCCGCGAGCGCGCCCGGCCUGCAGUUCGCCUGCGCCCGGCAACCCGAGCUCGCCAUGAUGCAUUGCUCUUACUGGGACCACGACAGCAAGACGGGCGCGCUGCACUCGCGCCUGGAUCUCUGAGAGCCACCGGGUGCGGGCGCGGCCCCCGGGGUGCAGGAGCGGAGCUCGGGUCGCAGCCGCAGGGUCGCAGCCUCAGCAGCCGGCCGGGACAGCGCACACUCUGGGACAGCCUCUUGAGCCAGAGCCCUCGAGCCUUCUGCGCCUCCUCGUUCGGCCCGGCUCCUGCGGCUCCGCUUUGUCGCCUCCGCUGCUCCUCCGGUGCUCUUCCCCACCGCGGCCUCUGCCUUCGCGCGCUCCGGGCCCGAGGCCGCCCCCUCCGCGCUUUCCGCAGGCCUCCUCUCCUCCGGGCGUCCCAGAGUCACCGCAGGGAGUGUGUCCCCGGCCGAGGUGCAGCCGAAGUGUCGGCGGCGCUGACUUCUUGGCCUUCUCUUGCAGGUCGGUGGACUCACGCUUGACUUUCUCCCCCCACACCCUGACUGCCGAGCUGUCUGCGGCUAGAAGCGCUGGGCUGCUGGGGUCGCGGGACCCACGCUGCCGGAGGAAGGGAAGAACAUGUCUGGUCGCUCCGCGAUCCCGCCUGGAACUGAUCAGAAGCCGCUCGCAAAGGGGCCCACUGGGCGGGGCGGGGGUUGAGCCCCAGGCUGGAGCAGGGACAGCCUCGUUCCGCGGCCUGUAAUCGGGUUCACAUCCCCGCGCCUAGCGAGGCCGCCGUGCCUCCGCUCUUCAGCGCACGGCUUCGAGCACCUCCAGGCCAGGGUGGCUGGCUAACGUCUUGCUAAAAAGAUCGGUGAGGUUUUUAAAGAUAUUAAAAAAUACUUUUCAAGGGGGGAAAAAGGAGAGAGAGAAAAAACUUUCAUAGGGAAAAACGGUGAAGUGUUAUGGCCUUCGAGUUUGCUAAAACCAAACAACAAAAUCAAAAGCUUUACUUUCUUCGUCCCUGCUGGGAGAUUUGUGUAGAAUUCCGGUAGUGAUUUUAGAAAGCUGUGUUCAGAGCCGAGAGAAAAUAACUAGCUAAAAGAAGGUUUUCACUACAAACCGGGAGUUUUCCACUCUAUUUAAAAAAAUAAAUCCAAAACAAAUUUUCCCGGAUCUUCCGAUUCUAGCCCGGGAUGCCAGGAGAUCACUGCCUGGCUGGGCCACACUUCGGGGAUGACACUCCCCUCCCUGAUUUUUGUUUUUCCAAUGUCUUGCUUCUUCCACCUUCGGAAGGAGAAAUGUGAAACCGGCCAAGGCCGGACCACACGGGGUUGUGGCCCCAGCCGGCUGGCCCGAAAUUUCCGCGACCUGGUGGUUGAAUAAUGUCGUUCGGGGACCAAAUUUUCUAGAGGGAACUAGAGCACUUUUGUUGUAUUUGUAUGUGUGUGCGCGCGUCCCUUGUCAAUUCCCAAAUAAAUUCUUUGUUU